UUCUAUGAAUAGGAAUAAGGAAAAUCGAAAAAACAAAUAUACCAUUUUUUCAUGAUAGACCGAUUACAAAUAGAAAUUCUUCGAAAAUAUAGGAAAUUAAUGUAGUGUACUUUUAAAAUCUUAUUUUUCUGUAUAAAAAUCUAGAACCACUCAAAAUGCCGGCAGAAAUACGAAAUCUUAAAUUGAAGAUUGUCUUUACGGUGCAUUUUAUAUUAAUAGCAUUGAGUUCAAUGGGAUAUUGGAGUACUUCAGCUUUCUUGUUUUACAACUCCAUAUUCUGCCUUAUGUUAAUAUGGGGAAUUCACUCUCAUGAAAGCGAAGAACCUUUACAAAUGGCACUCAUAGUGAACGUCAUUGCUAUUGCUCUGGAUAUUUUCAUAUUUAUUUUUUCAUACCCAGCAGAUCAUGCAAGCGCAAGGGAGAAAUUUUCAGCCGUCAUAGCUAUCUUCAACCUAUUGGCACGUCCAGCUUCUUCAAUGAUUCUUUUUAGAUUAGCCCAACUUAGAGGUUCUAGCACAGAUACUUUGGCAGAAAUUUUUACAAGAGGAAGUUCAAAUCAACAGUCCAACUAUGAAGAUAUGGAUAGAAGUACACCACCUGCUCAGUCCGCAUCUUAUGAUUUUGCUUCUGCUCAGAGAAUUUAAAGCAGGAUAAUGAACUUUUUGUACAAAAAAAUUAAUUUUGUAGGGAUUUUAUUUUUCACAGCUUUAUUUGUUUUUAUGAAUGUUGCUAUGUAUGUUUAUCAUUUCGUUCAAUAUUGUAUUUUUACGAACCUUUAUGCAAUAUCUGAUUUUUCUUUAAAAAAAUGUGCCUUCUCACAGAUCUGUUUAAAAUUUGAGUAGGGUAUUUACAACAUAAUAGUCAACUUUAUGUUUUCAGCUACUUAUACAUAAUUUUACUGAAAUUGUAUACCUAUCUAUCAUUUAAGUAUAUAUUCUCUCAUUGUUUUAAAAAUAUUAUUUUGUUGAAAUUUUCUUAAGUUUAAAAAACGUGUAAUAUCUAAAGAGAAUUGACUACAUAAUUGUGACUAAAACUUAGUACUGAUUUGUUCAUAUUUAAGAAUGCCUUAAUUUUGUUUUGCUUGAUAUUUUAUAGUUUUUUGUUGUUGUAGAGUAUGGAAUACAUUCUAUAUUUGAAGUUAUAAUAAACGAAUAUUCCAAUUG